UUCAGACCUGAAAAACUCGUGCAUUUUUAGAGAAAAGGGGAGGGCGAGGGGGAUAUUUUGUCCAGCCCGCCUCCCACAGAGGAAAUCAACUUGUCGCCGAUUAUGCCGCUCGUAAAGUGGCGAGAGUUAAGGCCCAGUGCUGGAUCGGUGUGCCGUAAGACCCUUGAGACCAAGGAGGGUGCAUGGAGGGCUCAAGGCUCGUGAGUCCAGGUCGGUCGUCCCGCCUCCGGUUGGGACUGGUCUCGGUAGCCGCCGGCCUCCUCGGUACGGAGGCCCGGGCCGCCCCGAGCUCGCCGCCGAGCCCGGACAACGCGACGUGUCCGGGAAACUCCAAGUGCACGCCCGGAAUCAUCCUGCCAAUUUGGUACCCGGAGGACCCGUCCAUGGGGGACAAGAUCGCCCGGGUCAUCGUGUACUUCGUGGCCAUGAUCUACAUGUUCCUGGGCGUGUCCAUCAUCGCCGACCGCUUCAUGGCAGCCAUCGAGGUCAUCACGUCCCAGGAGAAGGAGGUGGUCAUCCGCAGGCCAAACGGCGAGACCACCACGGCCACCGUCCGCGUGUGGAACGAGACCGUCUCCAACCUCACGCUCAUGGCGCUGGGAUCCUCCGCCCCGGAGAUCCUGCUGUCCGUCAUCGAGGUCUGCGGCCACGAGUUCAAAGCCGGCGAGCUGGGGCCGUCCACCGUCGUGGGCAGCGCCGCCUUCAACAUGUUCGUCAUCGUGGGCCUGUGCGUGUCUGUCAUACCCCAGGGCGAGGUGCGCAAAGUCAAGCACCUGCGGGUCUUCUUCAUCACGGCCGGCUGGAGCAUCUUCGCCUACAUCUGGCUCUACAUGAUCCUGGCCGUCUUCUCGCCCAACGUGGUGCAGGUCUGGGAAGGCCUCCUGACGCUCGCCUUCUUCCCCGUCUGCGUGCUGCUGGCCUGGGUGGCCGACCGCCGACUGCUCUUCAACAAGUUCAUGCGGCGGAAGUACCGUUCCGACAAGCACCGCGGCGUCGUCGUCGAGACCGAGCCCGAGCGCUCCUCCAAGGGCAUCGAGAUGGACGGGAAGAUGGUCAACUCCCACUUCGCGGACGGCGGCGUCGACCCGGCGGGCCCGGCGGAGGGCCGGGAGGCGGACGAGUCCCGCCGUGACAUGAUCCGCAUCCUCAAGGACCUGAAGCAGAAGCACCCGGAGAAGGAGACGGACCAGUUGGUGGAGAUGGCCAACUACUACGCUCUGUCCCACCAGCAGAAGAGCCGCGCGUUCUACCGCAUUCAAGCCACGCGCAUGAUGACGGGCGCCGGCAACGUCCUGAAGAAGCACGUGGCCGAGCGGGCGAAGAAGUGCGCCGGCGUGGCCGAGGUGCGCGCGGACGAGCCCGAGGAGUACGUGUCCCGCGUGGCCUUCGAGCCCGGCGCCUACCAGUGCCUGGAGAACUGCGGCGCCGCCAUCCUCACCGUCGGCCGGCGGGGCGGCGACGUGGGCAAGACCGUCUGCGUGGACUACAAGACGGAGGACGGCUCGGCCAACGCCGGGGCCGACUACGAGUUCACCGAGGGCACGCUGGUCUUCAAGCCCGGCGAGACGCUGAAGGACAUCAGCGUGGGCAUCAUCGACGACGACAUCUUCGAGGAGGACGAGCACUUCUUCGUGCGGCUGGGCAACCUGCGCGUGCUGGAGACGGAGGAGGAGCUGCUGUCCGCCAACAGCCUCCCCUACCCCAAGGCGGCGCUCGGCUUCCCCGCCGUGGCCACCGUCACCAUCCUGGACGACGACCACGCCGGCAUCUUCACCUUCGAGAGCGGCGCCGUCCACGUCAGCGAAAGCGUGCGCGUCAUGGAGGCCAAAGUGCUGAGGACGUCGGGCGCCCGGGGCACCGUCGUCGUGCCUUAUCGCACCGUGGAGGGGCUCGCCAAGGGGGGCGGCGAGGAUUUCGAGGACGCCUACGGCGAGCUGGAGUUCAAGAAUGACGAGACGUGCAAACUCAUUCACGUGAAAAUCAUCGACGACGAGGAGUACGAGAAGAACAAGAACUUCUUCCUGGAGCUGGCCGAGCCCCGCACGGUGGACGUGAGUCUCCAGAAAGACGCUCCAGACAGGAAGUUGACGUCCGACGAGGAGGAAGCCAGACGCAUCGCCGAGAUGGGCAAACCGGUUCUGGGCGAGCACGCCAAGAUGGAGGUCAUCAUCGAGGAGUCCUACGAGUUUAAGAGCACCGUGGACAAGCUGAUCAAGAAGACCAACCUGGCGCUGGUGGUCGGCACCAACUCGUGGAGGGAGCAGUUCAUGGAGGCCAUCACCGUCAGCGCGGACGAGGACGAGGACGACACGGGCGAGGAGCGCCUGCCCUCGUGCUUCGACUACGUCAUGCACUUCCUGACCGUGUUCUGGAAGGUCCUGUUCGCCUGCGUGCCGCCCACCGACUACCUGAACGGCUGGGCGUGCUUCGCGGUGUCCAUCGUCGUCAUCGGCCUGCUCACCGCCGUCAUCGGCGACCUGGCCUCGCACUUCGGCUGCACCAUCGGCCUCAAGGACUCGGUCACCGCCGUCGUCUUCGUGGCGCUCGGGACCUCGGUGCCGGACACGUUCGCCAGCAAAGUGGCGGCGGUGCAGGACACGUACGCCGACGCCUCCAUCGGCAACGUGACGGGCAGCAACGCCGUCAACGUGUUCCUGGGCAUCGGGCUGGCGUGGUCGGUGGCCGCCAUCUACUGGCACAGCAAGGGCAAGCCCUUCGUGGUGGAGGCCGGCUCGCUGGCCUUCUCCGUCACGCUCUUCACCAUCUUCGCCUUCCUGGCCGUCACGGCGCUGCUGUACCGGCGGCGGGCGCACAUCGGCGGCGAGCUGGGCGGACCCCGCGGGCACAGACUGGCCACGUCGGGCUUCUUCUUCGGCCUGUGGUUCCUCUACAUCCUCUUCUCCAGCUUGGAGGCCUACUGUCACAUAGAAGGUUUUUAGACGGGACUUCAUCCGGGAAGGACCCAGGAGGGUUCGCGGCACGACUCCCGACCCCGCCUCGAGCCCUUCCGCCGGGCUCACACGGAACGCGGUGCCGCCCGCCCUCCACCCCGCGCGGACCGCUAAGGUCGGAUUGCCCGGACGAUGCCAAGGAACGAGGUCCGGCGUUCCGCUGGGAGGAGACGACUGCAGACUUACUUCACGCACCUGGAGAGAUUCUAUUUUUCUCAACAACUUGACCAGGAGCGACAGUUUUUUUCUAAAAAAGAAAAAUAUUUUGCCGAUUUAAAAAAAAAAAGGAACAAAAUAAUAACAAAAAUAGACACGUGAUGGAGUCAUAAAGUGUUUAUUUAUUUUUCUUUUUUUUUUGCGCCGCAGAAAUCACAACCGCAGACAGUUCUUGAACGCAACCUCCACACUCUAUCUGUAUCGCUCUAUAAAUAUGAUAUAUAGUAUUUCCAUAUUUCCUGUAUAUUUUCAGCGUGCUCGCACAAAGUAUGAGGUCACUGGCUUAUCCCGGAGCGAAGUCUUGAUGUUUUUGGAGAGUCGCGUUAUGUUUAUUUUACUCAUAAAUGAAUACGCAUUCUCGCUGUCACGCCACCGUUGCCGCGGAGAUACAGCGGUUACGUUCAGAGAGGUAUUUUUCUACUUUUUCCCCCUCCAUUGCACUUUUCUGUAGACUUCCAUGUAUGGCGCACUUUGCAAGCAAGAACAAUUGAUGUUACAAUGAAACUUUUUUUUUUAUGAUUUUUUAUUUUUUUUUUUGCCACUUGGGGACAGCAAGCUGGAAAAAGUAAGAUGGUGAUUUUUAUUUUUUACACGUCAUUUCAUGCAAAGUACCAUUUAAAUUUUGGGGCAAAUUUAGUGAAAAAAAUAUAUUUAUGGCUUUUAUUUUUAUUUAUUAAAUUAUAAAUGUUUUAAAAUUAUAUUUUGUGACAAAAAAAGGUGGAAGGUAAUAUCACAACUGUAAUAAAACCACUACUCUAACACCACUUACCAGACACCUUCCAAUUUAUUUUCGUUUAAUCAAAGUUACCAUUCAUUAAGUUGCUAUAUUCAUUAUUAUUAUUAUUAUUGUUUUAUAAUAAAUCGUGCGGGUGAUAACACCACUACUUAUCCAGUAGCUUCCCCUUUUGAGUCCACAUGCCUAAUAGCGCUCUGCCAAAUGCAGCUAUUUAAAACUUAAAUGCACUCACCAAAAGUGUUUUUUAAUAUACAGUGGAACCUCCAAAGUCCAAAAUACCAACCCCAAAAAUAAUGAAAUAAUUUAUAAUAUAAUAUAAUUUAUUGACAUUCCAACCUCUGUCAUGCUUUCUAUAUAAAACAAAAAAACUGUAAAGAAGUUCUGUGACUUUGAAGGUUCGACUGUAAAAAUGCAGUGACAUUGUUUGUCCACCAGGAGCAGUGUUUUCUCCUAUUUUUGUCUUCUUUUCAAGUAGAAAAGCGACUGUACAUAAAAGACACAAAAUGGAAAGUUUAAAGCGCUUGUGCUGCAUUUUAUUAGUUUUUUUUUGUUUUGUUAUUUCGCUUUCCUGUCACUGAAACCAACCAAAUCGAUGAUUUUUCUCUUUGCCUUGACUUGUUUUUUUUUUUUUAAUAUUGCUCCAGGAUGUGUGGUGGAGUUAAAAUAAUAAUAAUAAUUUAAAAAAAAAAAAAAGCUAAACAUCAGUAAUGUGACUUUAUAGGGAACUGACUGGACUUUGUGAGCGUUUCACUCUUUUGGUCUUUUGUAAAAGGGAUGUGGUACUUCACAUUUUAAUAAUUUUUCCGGGCCGGCCAUCAGAUGUCAAAUCUCAAAGGAAAAGAACUGAGAGAAAAAGACAAAACAAAUUUUCCAACGUGUUUUUUGGGGGGGAGAUUCUUAUUGUGGUUUAUUUUAUUCUCUACUGUGGAAUAAAAUCAGGUUUCUGAUUCACAACAAACAACCAAUUUUUUUUUCAUCAUUUUAUCAACUUUACAGGGCACAUUUUUUUCAUGACUUUUGAAGCAUCCUUAUGUUAGAAGGCAUAUUAUUUUUCCCAGCUUAUAUGAGAUAUUUUUUCCCACCUCACGCGACACAUCUGUAAAAUGUCAAAGGCUAUUUUUCUGACUUUUUUAAAGCAUUAAUUUUCCAGUACUUUAUAGCCAUUUUUUCCAACAUUUGAGGCUGUCUGAUUUUUUAAGUAUAUUUUUCAGAUUUAUUAACAGAUUUUUAUUUGUCAUAUUUUAUGUUUUCAGUUCAGUUUUGAUUGUUUAAUGCGAAUUUUGGUGGUUUAUUUUUCCUAGCCUGGGGCGUGACAUUUUUUUUUAUAGG